UGGUGCAUAUCGGGGGUGUAUGGCGGGUUGGGAAAAAUGUGGCUGUUGGGGUCAGGGAAUGGGGGGGUGGAAAAGGGGGAGUCUUGGAGGGGGCUCAGGGGUAUAGAGGUAUGGGUGUGGGGGGGGGUUCAUGGGGAUAUUGGGAAAACUGGGGUUCUGUGGGGUCAGGGCAUGCUGGGAUGGAGUGGAGGAGGUCCAUGGGAUAGCACUGACCCCACACUUACCCCUAACUCCGGUCCCACUGGGGACAGGCACCAUGGCUCAGGCUGUCACCUGGCUCAAGUGGCUGUGCGGGGCUAGGGAGUGCCCCCAAACCCCAGAGGCCCCACUCAGCCCCCCCCGGGAGACGUUGUUCCGACAGGAGGGACCCGGGGGGGUGACGUUCCGAAUCCCAGCUCUGCUCCAUGUGCCCCCCCACACCCUGCUGGCCUUUGCUGAGAAGCGCUCCUCCGUCCGGGAUGAGGACGCAGAGCUCCUGGUGCUGCGCCGGGGGUGGUGGAAUGGGCGUAGGGUGGAGGUAAUGGGGGAAAGGGUGGUUUUUGGG